GUUAACCGAAUAUUUUCCGUCGUUGACCGGUUUUUUAAAACGGUGACGGAAAAAACUGAAGUCCGUCCGUCAUUUUGACAGGUUGCAAUUCACACCCCAGACCACAGGGUGGCAUAUUAAUUAGCUAUUGUCUCUCUUAAUGCAUGACGUCGUUGGCUAUUCUGUCAGAAUAUUGUAGCGUCACCGUGGUCUGGCGGCAGCACCGUGAUUGACACAUCAACGCGAGGUUCUUAUUGGUGCACCCGGUGUGCCAGCGCGUCAUCCAAUUGGUGGACUAGAUUGUCGCCUGUGUAUAGACAAGUUUCCGAGGUACUUCCGGUUUACUUCCUUAUGUCUUCCUUCCCCUUCCGUUUCCGCCUGUUUACCGUUGAAGUCAAUGGCGGUGGAAUCGAAGUUGGGAGGUCUUUAUACAAGAUCCCGGGAAUGUUAUUUUGAUGUAGGCGGGUGGAGAACCAAGCCAAGGCCUCCAUGCUUCGUACCAUGUCGAUUUCCAAACCAUGGGUGCUCGUACUCGUCAUACAGGUGGAAGGGAAGGAGAUGGACAAAACUGACAGCUCCUGCAGUCAUGCCCCCGCUGUUAUGGAAGGUGCCUUGGGUAGGGAAUACGAAGUAUGCUAUGGUGGAUCCUUUCGCAUUCCAUAUCAUUAUGAAUCACCUUUAUUUUACGGGAAGCUUUACUUCACUCCGAAGAAUGGUGAAGGCAGGAGGCUAUUGGUUGAAAAUGGAAAGGUCAUUGACCCAAGGGUGAAACUUAACCGUGGGACUCCUACUUUGUAUCAUGUGACAGAAAAAGACAACGGACAUUUUUCUGUUCCAUUCGGCAGCAUGAUUAUGGAUCCCACCUCACUGAAAGUUUUAGAGUGUGCUGACGGGGCGCAUAGGUAUUACCACGCUACGUAUCGCAUCAAUAUUCCUAGUCAUGCAGAAAUCCUCGAAUUCUCUAAAAUUGACCAACCGGAGCUGGUAAUCCUGUGGAAUCGCAGCAACUCUCAGACCGAUGGUGCAUCCAGGAGCCGGAUGAAGCAUAAUUCCUGGGAAAUUUCAAAGGUUACACAGGCUGACAGUGGCUACUACAAUGUUCGGCAAAAAAACUACACUUUAUUGUCGAGGAAAAAGCUCACAGUAACAGAGCACACAAAAAACUAUGUACCCAAGGAGGAAUCUCAUUUCAUGAUGCGGUACCCAGUGAGCUUUACUCCAUGGGAUGUCACCUUCGAACCGAGUAGGAGUGAUGAUUACAACAAGAAAGUCAUAACAGUGAUGAAAUCUGGAAGUGAAUACAAAAACAAUGAAAUAUCAUCAGGAUCGUCUUUUGAGCAAAGAGUUUUCUUCGCCAGCAAGGGCAUGGAUAUUGAUCCUAUACAGGUAGAAGAUUCUGGCGUCUAUAAAUUCCGAGAUGCAAAUGGAAACUUGGUGUUUUGGGCCAACGUGGAGGUCGAAGAGGUACAAAUGCCUGCGUAUGUUUACGUUGUCCUUUUGGCGGCUAUCGUUGUUGCUGUGGGUAUCUGCUGUUGCUGCAUAAGAAAAUGCUGUUGUAAAAAGAAAACUUCCAAAACCCCUGCAUCGACUCAGGAAGCGGCGGCAGCACCAGCUGUGUACUACCACGGCACAAAUCAAUCUACAGGAACAGGUUACUCCGCAGCACCACCUGCUGCAACAUACUCAUACCAGCCUGCGAAUUCGAUCUUCCCCAGGCAACCGUCCCCUGCGCCUGCACGUACACCAGCGCCCGCCUCCUCAGGACCACCUUCUUCCAAGCCUGGACAAGAGAUCGCUCCUGCUCCGUCCGUAGCACUCACUUUUCCGCCUUCGGACGACGACCCCAAGUUUGAGCUGAAAGGGUUUCGCUUUUCCUCCGACCCUCCGCUCUCGUCUGACUCCACUUUCGCCAGUGUUUACACCUCCGAUAAGCUCAACUUCUGAGUGGCUUGCGACGACUACUACACUACUGCAGGGAAAACAUGGCCGUGUCAUCAAUAUCAAUUUGUUCGUGACGUGUUGUCUGGGGCAGCAUCGGUGGAUUCCAGACAUACAAAAAGGAACUAAAGGGAUGUUGCAGGUGGUCUUUGUAUCGUAUCAGGAAAACAAAAGUAGUCCCUAAUCUCACAGACUCUGUCAGAUAGACACAGAGUAGAAUUGGUGCACGUGUUCUGUAAGAAAAUAGAUUAAGAAAUGAAACACUGCUGUGCGAUAAAUGUUAAAGACAGAAAAUCUGCACGUUUUCCUAUGCAAAUCCCACGUAAGAAGGCCAAAACUUAGAAUCGUACAUUAAAGGUGCUACGAAAUGGUGACCAUGUCCAAAAAAUGACUGUACUCUUGCUGUCUUUUACCAUUUCAUAUUUAUUCCAUGCAAAACAAUGCCUCAGGGAACACCCACUUUUUGUCAGCAACUGACGUUUCGCAAACGCCACCUCCUAAACGGCCAUCGACCAAUCAUAUGUUGUAGAGACCGUUGUUAGGCUACGUUCAGACUGCAGGCAUGUCUGAUACCAAUUGGAUUCCUGCUCAAAUCUGAUUUUCAAGGCUGAUUGUUCACACUAUCUUUAGCAAGUUUCCAAAUCAGAUUUGAGCCUGUCCAGACUGGGCAUAUUAUUGACACACCUGUCAGGUGGCUGUGGAAACGAAAGGUGCUGUGGCAGCAAAUAGUGACGUCACAAACGGUAAAAACUGGACUUGUCCGAAAAUGACUUUUUAACCAGUAGCUGAUAUCCCGAUAUUAUCCAACUCGAGGGUUGCGGCUAUUGUUUAAUCUAUCAAUUAGUUAGUUCAAAUAAUCGAGUAAUCGCAUUAAAUGUGUUGCAGAAUACAUUUUAAAAUAUGUAAAACAAACAAGUGUUUGUUAGCAAUAAUAGUUAUUUUGUCUUGGUAAGAUUACACUUUCAAAAGAGCAUUAAAUGUGAAUACAAAAUAAAAUUCCUUAGUGGUUUUUUUUUGUUUUUUCCAAACAAUGCAGAACUGCUCUUUUAUUUCACAAGAGCAAUAAAAGCAUUUAAAAUAAAUUAAAACACCUGAUCUUAAAUGAGGUUCUAUGUACACAAUUGGCUAAAUUCCUCUAGCUUAAAUGCUAAAAAAAAGCAAAUUUUUUUUUUAUGCUCUUAACAAAUCAUUCAAACACAUAUUCCCCCUAAAUCCAAACUAAAUAACAAAUGUAGUGCUGCAGCUAUCGAUUAUUUUAGUAGACGAUUAAUCUAUCAACUAGUUAGUUCCAAUAUUCGAGUAAUCGGAUUAGGAACAUUUAAUGUGUUGCAGAAUAAAUUUUAGAAGAUGUUAAACAAAGGCUUGCUAAGUUUGCACAUUCAAAAGAGCAUUAAAGACGAAUACAAGAUAAAAUUCAAGAGUGUUUCUUCAAAGUAUGCAGAAUUGCACUUGGAUUUAAACACAAAUUGUUCAAACACAUAUUUCCACAAAAACAGCAAAAUAUACCUAGCUAAUACGUAACUAAAUUACGAAUGUAGUUUUAUCAUAUAUUAAUUAGCUUAUGUUGGUCUUAACAGGGAGCAGCUCAAUUCACCCAUGUUAAAUGAGUUAUGCCAUAUUCACUGUUGCCACUAGAUGCUAGCACUGUCAAAACAAACCAUUACAACGCCACUCUUAAUUAAACGAAUAAUCGAAGCAGCAAAAUUUGAUUCAAAGCUUUUUCCUAAUCGAAUCACUCAAGUUCGAUGAAUCAUUGCAGCACUAACAAAUGCAUAAACAAACAUAUUAGCUCAAACAAAAACAUACCUUGUGUUGGUCUUAACAGGGACCAGCUGGAUUCCGCCAUGUUAGAGGAGUUAUGGCAAAUUCACUGUUGCUAUUAGAGGGCAGUGUAUCCACUCAAAUAAAAAAAAACAAAAAACAAAUGCAUCACUUCCUAAACAAACAUUUACAACAUCACUUAAAGUAAACAAAUCCUCGAAGCAGCAAAAGUUGAUUCAAGGCUUUUUCCGACUCAAAUUAUUCGAGUUAAUUAAUUGUUGCAACACUAUCCAACUCCAAAAAUACGAUGCACAUAUCAAAUUGUUGCAGUCCAUUCUAUAAAUCAGCUAACAUUAAAGUGAGAUGCUUCCUCUUUUUGAAUAAACAUGGCGUCCUAGUAAGCGCGUUGAACAAAUUUGGGUUUUCUUUUCAUGUAACAAUUUGUGAAGGGGCACCUUAGUAUCCCAACCGUUUGCCUCGAUACAUAGAUAGAUAGAUAGAUAGAUAGAUAGAUAGAUAGAUAGAUAGAUUUUGCCUAAUUUUGGAGGAUGUUGCACUGGUUUUGCUCCAGGAUAAAUCACUUAAAACACUCCGGUUUACGUCUAGACUCACGAAGCUUGCCUGCUUAGGAGCUGUAAUUAAUGGGUGAGGGGGGUCUUUUGUGAAAGGUCAAUUGAUGAUCAUGCCUAGCUUUCUAGUGCUGCAUUAGCUAGUACAUGUUGACAGAAUGACAGAACGUUCAGUGGUAACAAGAAAACAGAAAGCCUAUGGAUUAGCGUGCUAGCAGACAGCAAAAAGCUGCAGCUUGUCCUCGGUGUGAUGUCAAUCCUUUUGGAGAUUUUUUAGGAGGCGGGAAAGGAAGACUACUUUUGUUUUUAUUUUGGUGGAUUUGUGUCAAAAAUAUGGUCUGCUAUCAUUUUAAAAUGACUUGUUUAUCAUUUCAUAGCACCUUUCAAACUCUCAACUGUGAGGCAAAUACGCUAAACACUCGGACCACUGUGCUGCCGCUUUGUGUUCAUACAGGAGGUAUAUGUGUCGGUUGACUUUAACUCAUUCAGUGUCAUUGAUCUCAAAAGCUGUCAAUGGCAUGGGAUGAGCUAAAAUGAGCGGUGAUCUCAAGCGUAAUCACGUUACCGUUAAGUGUUGCUUCAUGUUGGAAUGUAAAAUGUGUUCUUGUUCAUGAUAACUUUCUGAGGCCUCGGGUCACAUUUGCCGAGCUCGUUUAUGAGCACUGCUCUCAAAUCACCACCGUGAAGUUAGCCCCACCAUCAAACGCAAAUUUUCAGAAAAAUGAUGUGAAUCGUUUGUGCUACGUUUGUGCUGUAAAAAGUUUCGUUUGUGUUAUCAUCAUUUUUAAGAUAUAUAUAUACAGUAAUUCUUCUGUAGGUCAAUCUGAGGUCAACCAGCUCUCCAUUUUGAUUAAAAAUGGCUAAAAUUGUGUCACUUGCUUCGUUUGUUCUGGUUUGAGUUGUAAGAAGUUUUGUUUGUUCUGCUAUAGUUAUUGAGAUAUAAAUUUUGAGUGAUGACGUCACACAGCCCUCCGCCCCCAUUUAUUGCAAAGUGGACCCAAAAUGGUGCCAUCCGUUUAUGCUUGUUUGUUCUGUAAAAAUUUUCGUUUGUGCUGCUGUUGUCUACAGAUAUUAAGAUAUUAUUUUCGAGUGAUGACGUCAAUUGCAGCCCCUCUGUCGCAGCUGACGGAGUGUAAGAACUCUCUCAAAAAAAGAGGGGCGUCCCAACAACAAGUGCAAACGAAUGGCACCCCUUUCGGUCUAUUUUGUGGUAAAUGGGGGGAUGCGAGUCACGUUAUCACGCCAAACUAAUAUCUCAAGCCCCCGAUUUAAUAAUAAUAAUACAUUUUAUUUGUACAGCGCUUUUUUCCAAUGCUCAAAGACGCUUUACAGUAGGAACAAAAAAACAGCAAACAACGUGAACAGAACAAAACAAUAAAGAAAAUAAUUAUAUGUUAAAAGCUAGUUUAAAAAGGUGAGUUUUUAAGUUUUUUGAAUGUGGGAAGGUCUUUACAGGUACGGAUGGGUUUAGGGAGUGAUUUCCAAAGGGAGGGGGCAGCAACGGAGUAGGCUCUGUUGUUUUACUGCAAAAUGGACCUGAAGGCAUGCCAUUUGUUUGUGCUACGUUUGCGCAGAAGUGGUUAAAGUGGCCAAAACCUUUACACGAAGUUAUCUAUAUGAACUGUUAUUAUUAUAAUGUACUAUAACCUAAUAAAACCCAUUGGCAGUGUAUCAAAUACUUGUUCUCCCCUCUGUAUUACUAAGGUAGUGCCAAAAAAUCGAUUAUUAGAUUCAUCGCGAUUCGACACGCGACGAUUCGAUUACGAUUCAUAAAUGUUCAAAAACGAUUUUCCCUAAUAACUUUAUGACAACUGCUCGCAGCAGAACGAAAUUCAAGACACGUCUGCCGCCCGGACACCUUCAACGGACGCACGCACAUUAUGAUGGAUGCUGCUGGUUACUGAGCGAGAGAUUUACUCCUUUUCAGAACACUGGGAAAUAAAUUUGUGUAUGAGACAGGCAGGGACCCUGCGGUGAUUCCUGCGUGGGCUGCGUGACGUCAUCACUCCAAAGUACAAUCUCAAUAACGAAGGAGCACAAACCAGCACAAACAAAGCCUAAACGAUUUACAUGAUUUUUAGCCAUUUUUCAUCAAAAUGGGUGGCUGGUUGACCUCAGAUUGACCAUAAAAGAAUUGUAAAUAUCUAAAACAGGAUCGCAGCACAAGCAAAACUUUUUACAGCACAAGUGAUUGACAUCAUUUAAUACAAAUUUGCGUCUGAUUAGGGGCCAACUUCACGGAGGUCUUAAAUUGGCCUCAGCACUGCACUUCGAAUCACUUCGUAUUCGUGUACUUUGGUUUUGGGUGCCUUAGAGCCUAAGCUAUUGUCAUGUCUGUGCAAUCUUCAACUUCUCUUAGGAAGGAAAAUGCAUGUUGUUUGUUGUAUAAUCUUGUAUGCUGACACUUUUUAGAAAUACCACUUGUAUUUACUCUUUAAAUGUUGUCAUUUUGGAACCAAGGUAAAUGUGUACUUAAAUAGUUCUAAGUAUACAAAAGUAGAAAUUGUUACUCUAACAUUGUUUUGAUAUCAAAAGCAAAAAUCCUCAGAUGCAUAGACCAAUGUUGUUCAACCAAAUCAACAAUACUUGUGCCUGAUUUUACAGAAAAAAAGUAGCGAACAGCGUCUCAUUAUUAUUUAAUGGUAUUUAAAAAGCCAUUGUCGAAUAUGGACAAGCUUAAAUCACACAUUUUAAGCCUUGAGUGAACAGAAAACGCCUCAUAGGAAGUCAAGUUUAGGAUGAACAUACUACCUCAUCUUUGGAAAAAGUUACUGGUCUUUUCUUUUUAAAUCAAAACCAAAACUCAGACCUUCCUGCCUUUUCAUAACAAAUGCCGUUGACUCGUUAACUUUCUCUUUUCGCUAUUGUAAAUGCUCUCAAAAUAUAUCUUGUGCUUGCAUGUGCACUAUUUGCUUUCAUUUCCUUGGGACUGUUUUGUGGAAAGAUGUUUUAUCUAACAAAAGUGUACAUUAAAGCUACUAACGCCUGUUGGCUUCUCAAUUUUGGGGGUCCUUUCACACACGGUGUAUGAAUCUCACCUUACUGUGCUAUAAAGCUCAGCAAAAAAAAAAAAAAUUAGAUUUUAUUCAUUGUGGAGCUAACAGUUUUGACUUUUUUUUUUUUUUUUUUUAACCCUUUCAGGGACACGACCAUGGAUAUCUACUCAAACGUUACUAUUAGCUUAACUCAUUCACCGCUAGCCCAGGUCAUGUAGUAUGUGUCGCAAAAGUUGGUAAAAGAGAUACUUGAGGUAAAAAAAACACCUACAGUAUUGACGGCAUUAAACGUCCAAUUGAAUAGCGUACCGCACGAAUGCUAAUUUUAGACCACAAGGCUGCGUGACGUCACUGUCGUAAACCAGCAGGGGGUUAACAUAGAAGUGCGCUCGCGUACAACGAAUGCUAGUACUGCUUGUUUUCUGUCGCUAAUCCUUCAAAAAAGAACAUGCCGAGCAAACACUGCUGCUGUGGUACUUGUAGAAACGACUCUAGACAUUACAACCGUCCAGAUAUGAAGGAUGUUUUCUUCAUACGUUUCCCGAUACCAAAAACUGGAAAAAGUGCGAACAAUGGAUCAACUUGUGUGGUAUGGGGCGCCGUUUGUAAAGCAGCACAUGCUGAAAAUUACGACAUAUACUCACAUUUAACCCUUAGAUGCACAAGUUACUGGACCCUACACUCUUCCAUAAGUGGGUCAAAAAUGACCCAUAUUAGAACCAAUGUGUUUUUAGGCCAUUUUGGUGAAGAACAAUCACUUGUAUAAUAAUUAGUAUAUGAUAUUUAGGGCCACACAAGAAUUAGUUCAUGCUUGAAAUAUCUUUGUGAUUCAAUUAAUAUUUUUUGGGGGGAAACAAAACAACAGCAAUAGACUUUAUCCUUCCUUGUAUUUUAUCAUCAAUGAUGAAGAGCUCCCAUGCAUUUUUUUGGUGUGACAGCGGUGCUCAGCCCUUGUGGAGGCACUGACCGAUUUCUGAGGAUAUUGUGGCUCUUUUUUUCUGCCCUGGGUGGGAGGUAAUUCUCUCUAGUAAGAGCCCUACCAACUCAUUCUGUUGGCCAUGAUUUGGACACUUUUUUUCUUCAGAGGACACAUAAGUGGAAUCUUAUGAGUCAGAUUGAUCCUGUUCAGUUGGAUUUCCAGGUGGACAACUGCCACUGCCACCUGGACAAUCGUCUGGGUCCUCAUCAUCAGAAAUUUCCGACACUUGAAUCCAACCCCGUCACUGCCUCUCCAUCAUCCAACAUCUGUAGGACCAUUUCAGUUGUAAAUCUAGCACAAAUCCGAUUUGUUCGUGUUUUUCCGACUCGACUAAACGGGAAAAGUCGCAUAAAAGUGGACCAUUUUCAAAUUUGAUCCAGGUCACUUUCGUAUGUGGUUAAAAUCCCAUCCGGGCCACAUUUUUCCAGAAUUAAGUUGUGGUCCAAACAGUCAUGUCCCCCAAAUUGUAAUUAAUGCAGCAAUUACCAUCAGCAAAGAGCGAGAGAGAGAGUGCUACAGUUGCGGUGCAGCUGUGCAUUAGUGUUAGCGCCUAGCUGGAACACGGCUUUUGGGGAAGGAGCGGGCUUGACAACAGUCAUAAAAAAAUAAAAUGGGUUGAGAAUAAGCCUGACAAUGCUCGGCUUUCUCUCUGCUCCAAUGCUCCUGCGAAUGCGGACCAGUUUGCUCAGUGCUGCUCUCGGACUGCGAAUUAGAGUGCAUGUGUGAUACUUGAACAGGCUCAAUGGACAAAGGCAGUCUGAACGGGUACGCUAAAAAAAGAUAUGACAACAAAUCGGAAAUGUGCAUUACGACCUGAGGUAUGAACCUAGCCUUAGUUAGCUAGCAAGUUAUGAAGUAGGUUAAUUUGUUGAUAAAUAAUAAUUAAGAGUCAUGAAAGACACACACACAAAAUACUAUAUGGACUUAAUACUUACAGUACACGUAUCAGCUCUUGCUGUGUAAAAUCUUUUUAAGGGAUGUCACUUUUUACAUACCUAGUCUGUGUGGUCCACGGUAAAUUUAUUCCUGACAGCCAGAGUUGAUAAGAAUGAAAAAUUCCCAUUGGAUUCCAUAGAAAAUGCAUGUGGGUCAUUUUUGACCCACUUGUGGAAGAGUAGGGUAGUAAUACAAAAAUGACAAUUUCUUCAAAUGUAUAAAAAGUUCAUCAAAAAUUUGAAUGGCAUUAUAUCAAAAACAUGUUUUUUGAGUAAUACCUGAAAUAUGAAUUGAUAACAAUUUUUCAUUCUGAAGAUAUUUCAAGAAAACAACCUCACCGUGUCAUUUUUGACUCACUUAUGCAUCUAAGGGUUAAUGCAACACAGUGUUUAAAAUGUGGUGUGAAAAUUGUAGUCACUUUUUU